GGUCGCAUUCGUCAUUCGCUUGGCAGUGAAGACGGUUUAUAGGAAGGAGCUGGCCUCCCAAACACGCGACAAGUUGUGUACACGCUUCUACUUGCAUGGAACCGUAAAUUGUACGAGUGCAUGUAUUAUUUGGGGUAAAAAUGGCAGCGCAAGAGGAAGUCGGCAUCGGAGAUUUGGUUCUUCUGGACGAGAUUACAGUGAAAAGUGUCGUAAACAAUUUAAGAUGCAGAUUCAAUGGCGGGAAAAUUUACACAUACAUUGGAGAAGUGUGUGUAAGUAUAAAUCCUUACAGAAGUAUAAACAUAUACAAUGCUGAUCAUAUUAAUAAAUAUAAAGACAGAGAAUUAUUUGAAAACCCUCCACAUAUUUUUGCCAUUGCUGAUGCGGUACAUAGAGAGAUGAAGCAGCAAGGUCGCGAUACCUGUAUAGUAAUAAGUGGAGAAUCAGGGUCUGGCAAAACAGAAGCAAGUAAAAUUAUUAUGAAAUACAUAGCUGCAGUCACAAAUCUAAGUGGUCAGCAAGAAAUAGAAAGAGUAAAAAAUAUUCUUAUUCAAUCUAAUGCAAUAUUGGAAGCCUUUGGAAAUGCAAAGACAAAUAGAAAUGACAAUUCAUCGCGAUUUGGAAAGUACAUGGAUAUAGAUUUCAAUUUUAAAGGCGAUCCAAUCGGUGGUCAUGUUACUAAUUACUUGCUGGAAAAAUCGAGAGUUGUGUAUCAACAAAAUGGCGAACGUAAUUUUCAUUGUUUUUAUCAGUUGUUGCAUGGCUGCAGUGAAGCAGAAUUAAAUAAAUUACGAUUAGUACGAGACCCUGCUGCAUAUUUUUAUAUCGGUGCUGCAAAUUGUAAUAAAGCAAGCCCAACUGAUAAAAGUGAUUACAAGGCUGUUACAUCUGCCAUGUCCAUUCUCGGAUUUACGCAAAAUGAAAUGCAAACGCUAUGGAAUGUCAUUGCUGGCAUACUACAUUUGGGUAAUAUUACUUUUAAACUCGAUGAGGACAAACUCUUAAUUCAGAACAAAGCUGCCUUAAAUGAUACAGCAAAUUUGUUUUCCAUUAGUCCACAGGAAUUAAGUACUGCUCUCAUUCAAAGAGUAAUAGCAGCAGGUGGAGAAGUUAUGCAAAAAUAUCAUACUUUCACAGAGGCAGAGUAUGGAAGAGAUGCCCUAGCAAAAGCCAUAUACGAAAGGUUAUUCACUGAAAUUGUAUCGCGCGUUAAUGCUGCAAUUAACGUAAACGAUUCAGAAACUUACAAAAGAUACAGAACAGUUAUUGGAGUACUUGAUAUAUACGGAUUCGAAAUUUUUGAUAUGAAUAGCUUUGAGCAGUUCUGUAUCAAUUAUUGCAACGAAAAAUUACAGCAACUAUUUAUUGAAUUGGUGUUAAAACAAGAACAAGAGGAAUAUAAAAGAGAAGGAAUAGCAUGGCAAAAUAUCGAUUAUUUUAACAAUCAAAUAAUUUGCGAUCUAGUGGAACAGCAACAUAAAGGAAUUAUAGCAAUUAUGGACGAAGCUUGUCUCAAUGUUGGCAAAGUUACAGAUGAGAUGCUCUUAGAAGCUAUGGAUAAAAAAUUGCUUGACCAUAAGCAUUAUUCUUCCCGACAAUUGAAACCAAUGGAUAAGGAACUUCAACAUAAAAUUCAAUUUAAAAUUAAACAUUAUGCUGGGGAUGUAAUAUAUAAUGUUAAUGGCUUUCUAGAUAAAAACAAAGAUACAUUAUUCCAGGACUUUAAACGCUUACUUUAUAAGAGCAGUAACCCUAUCAUUAGUAAAAUGUGGCCUGAAGGUGCUCAAAAUAUUCUUAAGACAACAAAAAGACCUUUAACAGCUGGAACACUGUUCCGCAAUUCCAUGAUAGCUCUAGUUAAGAAUUUAACAAGCAAGGAACCCUUUUACGUUAGAUGCAUAAAACCUAACGAAGUUAAAUCACCUGUUGUAUUUGAUGAAGAAAGAGUGAAUCAUCAAGUUCGAUACUUAGGUCUUCUCGAGAAUAUAUUAGUCAGACGAGCUGGUUUCGCGUAUCGUCAACGAUAUGACACAUUCUUAAAACGAUAUAAAAUGAUAUCUCAAUAUACGUGGCCAAACUUCAGAGGUGGUAGCGAUAAAGAAGGUGUCCGUACUUUAAUGGAUGAAAAGGGCUUCAGUGAUGACGUUAAAUAUGGCCACACAAAAAUAUUUAUCCGUUCGCCUCAAACGCUCUUUGCAUUAGAAAAGGCACGUAGUGAUUUGAUACCAGGUAUCGUAAUAUUAUUGCAAAAACAAUGGAGAGGAUAUUUAUGUCGUCAAAAGUAUAAAAAGAUGAAAGCUGCGCUUGUUAUAAUGAAACAUUAUCGAAGGUAUAAAAUACGUACUUAUAUUAGCGAGUUGGACAAGAUUUUUCGUAAUGCAAAAACGAUGCGAGAUUAUGGCAAACGUUUAAUUUGGCCCCGUGAAAAUUUUGCCGUAAAGCACGUAAUACGUGCUUUAAAGUUGAUGUAUGAAAGGUGGUGGGCGUGGAUGGUCCUCAAACUUAUCCCUAGAGAAGAUUGGCCGCAACUACGAUUGAAGAUGGCUGCAGGAAUAGUUUUGCGUUCAAAACGGCAACAUUGGGGCCAAGACAGACGAUGGGAAGGUAAUUAUCUUUCUAAACCGGAUGAAAACCCUCACAGCGACGUUUUCAAUUCGUCGAUAAAUAAUCUUCGCAAUACCGAUCAUUUCAAGACUGUUUUAUUCAGUGCAUUUAUCAAGAAGACUAACAGAUUUAAUAAAGCGAAAGAUCGCGUACUAGUAGUAACAGAACACGCGAUAUAUAAGCUCGAAAGCUCGAAAUUCAAAAGUAUGAAAAAAGGUAUGCCAAUAGCUGAGAUCACUGGUUUAAGUGUAUCGCCUGGAAAGGACCAACUGAUAACAAUUCAUUCGAAUCGAGGAAAUGAUUUCAUUAUGUCGAUAAUUACUAACGAUGAUAAAGUUGGAGAACUUGUUGGUAUUCUAAGCAAUAGAUAUAGUCAAUUACGUUCAGCUGAUUUACAAGUUACGGUAGAUGUAAAAUUUAAAUGUAUGUUAGGGAAUAAAAGCAAAGUAUUACGCGUAGAAGUACACCCUGAAAUUCACGAGCCAACGUUUAAAAAAGAUGGAGAUAAUAUAAUAUAUGCCAUUCCGUCAUCAAUUGGAAUAAUCGAUGGCGGUGCCAAUACAAGGAUUCAAAUUAGAACAGCUAGUUAAAAUAAUAUUUAAAUUACCUCGUUACUACAUAUUCUAUCACGAAUAUAAAAGUUGAAUUAUAUUUAACGCUUUUAUCGAAGUAUUUUUGAAGCUUUUAUGCAUUUUAAAAAAUUUCUGAAGCAUUUAUAAUGUACAAAUAACGAUAUGUUAGAAAAAUUAUAGAUUCUUAUUUAUAGACUAAUAAUAAGUGAAAAAACAAAUUUAGCUUUUAAUACAAUUGAAAUAAUAGAAUUGUGAAUAAUUGUGAAAUAAUAGGGUUGUGAAUAAUGUUAAACUUCUCUUAAACAUUGUAUACAUGAUUACGUAACUUAUGAUGCGCAGCAUGAAAAAUGUUCUUCUUAACUUGAUCUUUAGCACAGGAAUCACAUCAUCGCAAUCGCGUUCCUUGGCACUGAAAUGAUUAAAAAUAAUCAGUAUUGCCUUAAAAGAAAAAUACCGUAUUUGAUACAGUAGCCUUAACGUAUCGUGGCCUUCUACUUAAGUAUUUUUACACUACCACUUUAUACACCGUUUAAAAUUAUAAUAAGACGUUUAUAAAAUAUGGUUUAUAUGAAAGCUGUUAUUUGGACUUUCUAGGAAAAUUUUAUAUUUAUAAAUGUGAACUUGUAUUAAACUCUUAAGAUGAUUAGGAUUGCACUGUUACUUGAAAGUGUCUUAUUAUGGAGUUAUAACCUUUACAAAUUUUUAAUUACGUUAAUGUUAUGAUAUUUUAACAUAAUUAUAAUAACUUUUUAUAAAAGUGAUAGUAAUAUUUUAUACUCGAGAGAAGAAUAUAAAGCGCUAUACACGUUAUAAAAUGGUGCCAUUGUUGAAAAAUAAACACGUCUUACGUAUUUAUAUGCAUUUACGUUUUAGAAAUGAGAGGCUCCAUACGAAACAUUUUACUGUAAAUUGUAAAAUGAAAAUCUGCCUGUUAUAUUUUUUAUUGUUAAAGUGUAAUAGAAUACAUUUUUUAUACAAAACAAUUGUAUAAUCUAA